CGUCAUGAUCCGGGUCCCAAAUGCAUGGCUUCCGGUGUUGGCAGUGUUGACUUUUUGAAGAGGAAAAUAGCUUUCCAGGCUUAAAAGGUCCAUCUAUCUGCAUGAAUUGUGGCUCAUCUCGACAUGAAGCUGCACGUCUUGUUGUUGUCGACGCUCCUGUGCUCCGGCACCACGGAGGCCAUCGAGCCAAUCAGCACCAGCAUCGCGGUGGGCAUGGCGGCGGCUUUAACGGGUUUCUUAGCGAGCUACCAGAACAUUUUCUACUACUUCAACGAAUGCUGUCGCCCCGAGUGGAUUUUUUUCAAUAGAACAGGUCUGGAGGCCAGCCUGCAGACUAAACUGUUCGGGCAGCACAUCGCGUCACACAUCAUCCUGAAGGCGGUGAGCGGCUUCAUGAGCAACGACAACCCCAAGAAGCCGUUGGUGCUCUCCCUGCACGGCUGGACCGGCACGGGCAAGAACUAUGUCAGCUCGCUCAUCGCCGAGAGCAUCUACAAGGAGGGAAUGGACAGCAAGUUUGUGCACGUCUUCACGUCCGAGCUACACUUUCCCCACGCCUCUCAGAUGGACACCUACAAGACUCAGCUGCAGCAGUGGAUUAAAGGCAACGUCAGCAGCUGUGCUCAGUCCAUGUUCAUCUUUGACGAGAUGGAUAAGAUGCACCCAGGGCUGAUUGACAGCAUCAAGCCGUACCUGGACUACUAUGACAAGGUGGACGGCGUCUCCUACCGCAAAGCCAUCUUCAUCUUCCUCAGCAACGCUGGAGGCGAGAGCAUCAUACAGACUGCUUUAGAUUUCUGGAACGCAGGUCGGGAUCGAGACGAGAUGGAGCUGAAAGACCUGGAGACGUCGCUCUCUCUGUCUGUGUUCAACAACAAGAGAAGUGAGCUCAUAGAUCCAUGCUUAGAAAUAAUAAGACCAUUGCUAUUCAUUUCAAAUCAACAUUCCAAACCUGUCCCUCAGGCGGUCUGUGGCACACGAGCCUCAUCGACAAGAACCUGGUGGACUUCUUUGUGCCCUUCCUGCCACUGGAGUACCGGCACGUGCUGCAGUGCGCCAAGGCCGCUAUGGAGGCGCGAGGCCUCAAGCCCGACCCCGCUGUGGCCGACAAAGUGGCGAGGGAUUUGGUCUACUUCCCCAAAUCUGAGCGCGUCUUCUCUGUGAAGGGCUGCAAGACCAUAGAGAGCAAGCUGGACUUCUAUACAUAGCGGACACUGCGUACUAAGGAAGCAAGGAAGGGAAGGAGCAUUCGCCAACGACUGCCAAAUCAAGUCAAGCAAGCGGGAGCUGUCUGAACUCACGACGUCAGCAGUGUCGCCAACGUUGACCGACAGACAUCGAUGUCCUCCAAGAAUAUUGAAGUUUUUUUCUAUUUUAAAAAAGUGUUUUAAGAUGUAUACUUUUAGUCCUUUUUCCAGAUACACACGGCUUCAUUCUUUUAUUUAUACGUCCACUGUUGAUAGCUGCUCACAUUUAAGCAGCAACUAAUCAGUGAUUGUUGAUGUAUCCGGACCACUUUGGAGCUUCAUAAAGUCCCAAUACUGCCAAUUAGUGAAUUAAUUAACAGGAGAUGAAAGCUUUGCUGCUUUCCAAAACGUCUGUUGUUUCAUCAUCAUCUUCAGGCCCCCCAAGUUCUAAAGUGUACACGGACAUCACAUCUUUUUGUUUCACUUGCUCCAGAAGGUGAACUGGUGAGCAUAGUGAAAAUAAAAACAUGAGCUUUUCUUCCUUUUAACAAGGUACUCACGUGUUUACUUCAACAUCAACUUUAUUCACAUCAAAAGGCUUCCUCUCAGUGUCCAUCGUUGCCAGAAGUCCUCAUGUCUCGCUGCUUCAGCAGGCACAGGUUUUUUUUGUUUAAUUUUUUUUUUUUUUUUUUUUUUUUAAAGAGUCUUAAACAAGCAGAACUGCAUUAAUGCAGCCGUCGUUCUCAGGGUUGUUCGUCACCUGGGCGUAUUUACCUGAGAAAGUCAAGAAACAUGUUCAGUCAGUUUGUUUCACUUGGUGUACUGAGAAAAAUGUAGUGAUGGUGAAAAGAAGCUUGAUGAAGCACUCCAGACAAAUGGUUUGCUCUUGGUUCAAGGCUCCAUGGUGCCGUCAGCUGGUAAAGAUACCAUACCGUCAACAGUUUAAAAUGAUAUACAGUACAGAUGUCCUUCGCUAUAAUCACGGUUCCAAUAUCGCUCCCACACAUUGCAAUUUAAAAAAAAAUUUAAUGAUGGCUAUUUUGUGGUUGACUACGACCUGUUAGUCCAAAAAAUAUUGAAAGACAAGUUCUACGUAGUAUUGUGGUCACUAGGCAUCAGUAAUGUUAUGAGCCAUGAUGUUAGAUUACGUCACCUUUCACACUGCAUGUAGACUGGCUACUGAGCCAGCAGACAUGCCAUGGUUGACACGGACAUGCACACGCUCUGAGCAGCCAGUGUAAUGCCACGGAGGUCUCUGGCAAACCUUAUGCACUUUUCAAACGGCGCAGCACUGGCGUUUCAGGUGGAUAAGGUUUCUUGUGCUCAUCACGGAGCAUCGGGUACAACUAGUACGCAACAUGUCUUCCUCAGUAAGGGAAGCGUUUACAAGUGAGGGGAAGUUACGACAGGCCAUUAACGUUAGAGGCAGGAGAAAAGGAGCGCUUUAUUUUCUCACCCGCACAGUACAGUUGAAAAGGCGUAGUGGCUGCUUUAGAGUUGGGACACCGUGGAAAGACUCCGGUCAGAGAAUCAUUUAAUCAUAUUUAUUAUGUAGGUGGAUGAGCUCUUUUAGGAAUGUAUAUGUGUGGUCUUGUUGAGUCACACAAAGGAUGGACACUUUACACUCCACAUGGGAAGCAAGAUCAAAGUAGCAAACUGCUACCAGUGCUCAGCUUGUUCUUUUUCUAAGAAGGUUGCAUUCAAGUGCAUCACGUACCUCCCAGGCACAAGUUGCUGCUGCGUUCUUGGACAUCACAGAAAAAUGCUACAAAUGUUCUGCUUAUUAGAGACAUCAAUGUCUCACAAACAGACUUUCAGACAGUACGGAUAACCUUGCCUCAUUGGAGUGUUAAAAAAAAAUCUUUUCGGAACUAUUUUUAAUGUUAUUGGAUUUAUUGGUGUAACGUCAUAAUUCCCUCAUAUCGGCAUUCAUGCAAGCCUUGGCACAUCUCAUGACAUCACUAGAAAAACCUAAUAAUUUGGGUUAGCGUUGGGGUGAGCAAACAGUGUAAGGAAUAUCUUGUAUCAGCUACUUUACAAGCAACCCACAAAAGGAGCAUAGCGCCCUCUGUGGUUGUGGAGGUUGACUGUAGCUAACCAAAAUCUGCUUACCCCACACCACUUUUCCUCCUUGCGUGACCAAGCCCAGCUCACUGACGUUGACCUCGAUGACCGUCCCCUUGGUGAUGACCCCCAGCGAGGUGUAUAGGGGGGAGGAGGGGUUCUUUUUCACUCCCAGGAUGGGCAGGCAGAAGGUGGCCUUCAGCUCGGGGUGCGUGACGUGAGCCUUCUUGAAGCGCAGGCCCUGGCGUCACACAUUGAGGACAAGCAAAUGUGAUGCUUUGAGGAGGCGAGGCCAUUUCAGCUUCUUCUUCAUACAUAAGACAUUUACUAUAUUUUCCCCUCAUUUUUGGGUUAAAUUUUAUUUCUCCACUGUGCCACAGGCCACAAAUGGCCCCUUGCCAUACACUGGACAUGCCUGCUUUUUAUAACUCUAGAUUCCUUUGUCAGUAGCGAACGCAAAACUGAAGUCAGUGAAAUGCAGCAUAAUGUGUACCUGGAGAGCAGCAAAGGGUGUAAAAAAAAAAAUGCAUGCACAGUACAAAAAUGUGUACAUGUUGGCAGGUUUGCCUUCAUGGAGGUGUGUGCGCUCACCAUGGGUCGGAUGAAGCGCUCAUAUUUGGGAGGUUUCCGGGUGAAGCCGUCGCCCACAAAGCAGACUUUGGUCACCAUUCUCUUCCACGCUUUCUUCUGUCUCUUUCCCGUGCGGAUGACUUUGAGCACUUCCGUCUCUCCUUGUGCUCGCACCUUUGGCAGCGGUACUUCCCAUUUGCCCUGGACACAGGACACACUGGAGGUUAAAACAAGACGCAAAAGGUGGCUGAGGAGGCAGACCUGAAGCUCGCACUCACCGCCUUCUCUUUUCUCUUCUGCUUGAUCAUGUUAGAGAGGACUUUGGCUCUGGACUGACCCUCUCGGUCCAGCAGGUAGGCUGGAACGGCGCCCUGUGGUGUCUUGUCGUCGUUCUUCUGCUUAGUCUUCCUCUGCUCGUGCAUUUUGAUGCUGCGCAGAGGCACACUGUGAGCAACAGCACGGCCAAAACGGCAACCUCGUUCAUACUCACGUCUUCUUCAUCUGGAUCUUCUCGGCGUGCCUCUGCUUGUGGUACAGUUUGGCCUUGAGGCCGAUCAUCUUCCUGGCUUUAUGUGACCGCUCGUGGGCUUCGCGGCUCUCCUUCUUCCUCUUCUUCUCGUGGUGGUUUAGGCGGUAGCCAUGCCGCUUGCGGUGCAGCUCAAUGUGCUCGUUCUGAGGCUGUGGAAGGAUCACAACAACAAUUUACAUCUGCAGCUGAUGGAUGAGAUCCUUUUUACAUCCAAGUAAAUUGGUGGAAUAAAAUUGCUAAUAAACAUUUAAAUGAUGUAGAUAAACAUGGGCAGCGUGCAUGCAUAUUCAUUAGGCAAAUGAAUAUUUUGAGCAUACACAUUUUAAAAAAAAAUACACAUUCCUAAACUGUAGAAACUUGAAUGUUUGGACUUAAACAUAUGUAGUGAUGUUUAUGUGUGUAAAAGAAGCUAUAAUAAAGAAGCCAACUAUCUUAAGUA